AAACCCUUAAGAAAUUUCUAUAUAACUGCAUGCUCGAUGGAUUGUUCACUUAGUCCUUAAUAACCGUUUGCCAUGUUCGUCAAGGUCCUUUGCCUUUUUGUGGCCGUCCAGUGCGCCUAUUGCUGUGAUACGUUAUGCGGAGUCUCUCAAUUUGACCGAUUGCCCACUCCCUGUUGCGAACCAGUCUCGUGCAGCGCCCCCAGUUGCGUCACUCACCACCUCGAGAGUUGCGUCCGCCCAGUGGUCCAAGAGUGCGUCCGUCAUGUCCCCGUAGUCAGGAACACGGUCAGGCACCAAGAAGAGUGCCUCACCCGUCACGUCCCCGUCGUGGAGAAGACCGUCUGCCAGCAAGAAGAGAAAUACGUCCGCCACGUGCCGGUCGUAGAGAAGUACUGCCGUCCUGUUGUCGAAUGCCAGACGCGCCAUGUCCCCGUGGUCAGGCACAGGACGAAGACCGUCGUCGAACCCUACACAUGCCACGUCCCUGUCACUGAGAAAUACACCAGGCCCGUCGAAGAGACCGUCGUCCGUAACGUCCCUGUCGUCGAAAGGAGAUGCACACCCGUCGUCCACACCAAUGUGCGUCACGUGCCCGUCACCGAAACAAGAUGCAGGCCCGUCGUCGAAUCUCACGUCUCACACGUCCCAGUCAAGCAACGCUUCGUUAAGAACCUCGUCGAACAGCGAGUCCGCGCUGUCUGCGAACCCGCUACUCCCUGCUGUGACCAACCCGCUUCCUAUAACGGAUGCGGAUGUGGUUGUGGAUGCGGCGGAUACACCAACUACCAAACUCCAUUUUACCAAGGCACUGGAUGCUGUUAACCCCAUCAUUCUAAUCUGUUUACAUACCAAAUAUAAAUAAAACAUUUUUAUUCCAAUA